UUGCCCCUCUAAACGGCUUUAAUUACUUGUGUUGAUGAAUCUGGGGAAGACUGCUGGCUUUGUUUCUUGCCUGAGCCCUGAGUUGGAUGGGUGAGUUUCCAGGGUUACUCUGUACUGAGGUGAAAAACAAGCGGCAUAAGAAAGCGAGAAAGUGCAAGAAGGAAAACUAUACUGGUGUAACUGAUUUGCCAUUCAUUACCUCUGACUGACGUUUGGACCCUACUGUAUGUGUGUAUAAUCUUUGUGAAGAUCUGAAUCGGCCACUGAGGGAUGGGAGUCUCUAAAAGAGAGUCCAUCACUGAUAAAGCAGCAGAUGAAGGGGCGGAGAUGACAGUAAAAGAUGAUGCAAUACACCUGAGGAGGAGGAUCGGUCUGCUGCCUGCCAUUUCCUUCAUCAUUGGCACUGUGGUGGGCAGUGGAAUCUUCAUCGCCCCCAAAGGAGUGUUGAUGAACUCGGGAAGUGUGGGACUCUCUCUGGUGGUAUGGGCUCUGUGUGGUGUCCUCUCCACUUUUGGUGCUCUGUGCUAUGCUGAGCUGGGCACAAGCUUUACAAAGUCAGGGGGUCAUUACACCUACCUGCUGGAGACCCUGGGGCCCCUACCUGCCUUCCUGCGACUUUGGACUGAAUUCAUAUUCAUCAGACCUGCAGUGGCCUCUUAUGUGUCUCUGGCAUUUGGCCGUUAUGUCGUGGAGCCAUUCUUCAUGCCGUGCUUGGCUCCACCAGCUCUUGUUAAACUGGUCAGCAUCCUGGGAGUCACAUUUGUGGUGGCAGUGAAUUGUUGGAGUGUGACAUUGGCAGCCCGUACGCAGGUCUCAUUGACGUUUAUCAAGAUGUUCGCUCUUAUUCUGAUCAUUAUUCCAGGCAUCAUGGCUUUGGCCAAUGGGAAAACUGAAAAUUUCCAGAAUUCUUUUGACUCGGAAUCUUUGUCUUUAACCAAACUUCCUCUUGCCUUUUAUUCUGGCCUGUAUGCAUACGGUGGAUGGUUUUAUUUAAAUUUCAUAACCGAAGAGGUCAUUAACCCCAACAGAACCAUCCCACUGGCCAUCAUUUUCUCCAUGGUUACUGUUACCGUGUGUUAUGUGCUGGUGAAUGUUGCUUACUACACAAUGAUGACCGCAGAUGAACUACUGAUGUCAGAUGCCGUGGCAGUGACGUUUGCCGGGCGGGCUCUGCAGGGUUUAGCACCAGUGGUGCCUCUACUGGUUGCAAUGUCCUGUCUUGGGGCUCUUAAUGGAGGAUUUUUUGGUGCACCCAGAAUGUUGUUUGUAGGAGCCAGAGAGGGUCACUUGCCAGCUAUCUUUUCCAUGAUCCAUAUUCGCAGACAGACACCACUGCCAGCCAUUCUAUUUCUGUACCCCCUGGUGGUCAUCAUGAUAGCAAGAGGAGAGAUCUUUCAACUCAUCAACUUUGCCUCCUUCUCACGUUGGCUCUUUAUCGCCUUGGCGACCCUGGGGAUGCUUAUCCACCGCUACAGAUUCCCAGAACAUCCCAGGCCAUUCAAGGUCCCUCUGGUUGUUGCGGUGAUCUUCACUGUGGUGUGUUUCUUCAUCGUGGGCCUGUCCUUGUAUUCUGACCCCUGGAACACAGGGGGCAGCUGUGCCCUCACAAUCUCUGGAGUACCUGUGUAUUAUCUGACAAUCAAGAGAACAUAUAUAGUACCUGAAGGCUGGAGAAAAACUUUCAAUUAUUUUAGCCAACAGCUGCAGAUCCUUCUGGAAGUGGCACAGCAGGAGGUCCAGACCUACUGAGGGAGUGUUCAUCAAACACUGGCAAGAACACGCUGAAUUAAAACUGUACCAUAACAUGUAACAAAGGGCAUCAGAGUUUAAAACUAUUACAAUUGCUCAUGCAUAGGGUUAGGAAUCUGAACAAACCCCAAACUCUAUGUAUAACUCAUUCUGUACCAAUUGUGCUACAGACAUAAAUUAUACCUCAAAUUGUUGAAGAAAGGUGUGCUAUUACAUUUGUAAGCAAUCAGACUUUAUUUUUGCCUACCAGACAAUAAAACGGAUGAAAAAAUCCCUUAUAUUUACAUUGCAGAAGGGAGCCAAACCAUAUCUAGGGACCUAGGGGUGGGAUCUUUUGACUUGAGGCUAGAAAGCAACCACUAAAAACACCCUAGUACCAUGGCAGUUUUUUUUGCAUGGGCAAGCACCACUUACACUCACUGUACACUUUAUUAGGAACACUAUGGUCCUAAUAAAGUGCCCGACAUGGUCUUCUGCUGUUGUAGCCCAUCCGCCUCAAGGUGCGACUUGUGUAUUCUUAGAUGCUAUUCUUCUCACUACAAUUGUUCAGUUAACUGAGUUGCCGUAGACUUUCUGUCAGCUCAAACCAGUCUGGCCGUUCUCCACUGACCUCUCUCAUCAAGGCGUUUCCAUCCACAGAAUUGCUUCUCACUGGAUGUUUUUGGCACCAUUCUCAGUAAACUCUAGAGACCGCUGUGUGUGAAAAUCCCAGAUCAGCAGUUACAGAAAUACUCAAACCAGCCCAUCUGGCACCAACAAUCAUGCCAUGCUUAAAUUCACUGAGAUCACAUUAUUUCCCCAUUCCGAUGUUUGAUGUGAACAUUAGCUGAAGCUCCUGACCCAUAUCUGCAUGAUACUAUGCAUUGCUGCCACACUAUUGGCUGUUUAGAUAAUCACAUUAAUAAAUAGGUGUACAGGUGUUCUUGAUAAAGUGCUCAGUGAGUGUAUAUUUUCAGUUUCAGACUACGUAAAGAUCCAGUUUUAUUCAAUUCAAAGGCAGGGAUUAAAUACUGUAUGUCCCUGGAAAUAUGCUGUUGAAUUCUGAGCAUUUUUGUAAUAAUUCACAAAGAAAGGGUUGUUAUUCCCUUUAUUCAGAGGAAAGAAGAAAAAUAGGAUGAGAAACCAGGUAGUAUGCUUUGACAAUUGACGAAUGACAAUUACCCUCUGAAGUUACUGGUCUUAAAGUUCAAUAAAAUGUCAUGGAGAAAAUGAUGGAUUGAGGUCCUAUUUCAAUAUGGUCGUCAAUUGAAUUAGAAAAUAUGUCACACAUUGUGUAAUUUCAAAUGCAAAGUUUCUGAAUGUGGAUGUCUUUUGUACCAAAAGUGAACCGGUAUGCUAUUGAGAAAUGUCGCUCAUAUCAUCAGAACAAAGCUCAAGAUUACAUGGCUUUAAAAUCUAACAGAAACCAAGUAUAAUGACAAAAUGUCAAAUGUAUGUAAAUGUACUAUCAUCACUCUUUAAUUUCUAAUGCUCAUAUGAAGGCAUACCAACCACCUAAUACCACAAAUCAUAAAUCUGUGUAUUUUUUGGCCCAUUGCUUUUUUACCAUGACAAAAAUCAUUUAACAUGAAUUCACACAGCUGCAUUUAGAAAGUUUGUAUUCUCUGCAUAUAUUAACUGAACUAUAUGCAUGUUACUGUAUCUUUCUAAUAACUCUAUACAUUAAUGCACAUUAAAACUUUGCAAUUAACCACAAAUCUCUGAAUCAUGGUCAUAUCCUAAUAAAUGUCUUUUUGUUCUUGAUGGCAAAAGUGCAUAAACGCAGCAACAGAGAUGACUCACUAUUCUGACAUGCUUGUAACCAUGACAACACAGUAUCAGAUAUAAAAUGUUAUAAACAGCUUAAUACACUCCAGAUAAUUGACUGUGGUAAGUUCUAGAACUGUAAAAAAGUGCAACAUGUAUGUGAUCAUCUGUAAUUGACAAACAACCCUUUAUUCUAAGAAUACAGAUUGUGUGCACAUUGUUUUAUUUCUCAUCCCUAGUUAAAAUCUCUUCUUAAAGAGCAUACUGUUUUAAUGGGAUAAUUUUACAGUCCAUUGUUUUUAAAUCCAGGGUGUUCAAAAUCAUUACAAAACACUGUAAAAUUCUUGCAGGGUAGUGUAAAUUAAUUAAGCUGAUAAAUCUGUAUGUCCAUUUACCUAUGUUAUAAUACACACUCACUCUCACACACUCUCAUAUAUAUACACACGAUCAGCCACAACAUUAAAACCACCUGCCUAGUAUUGUGUAGGUCUUCCUCAUGCCACCAAAACAGUGCCAA